AUGCUUCACAGCGCAGUAUUUGUGGCCCUGGUGGGCGUAACUUUCGGACAGUUAAACCCUGGCCAGGUUUGUGUUCCUACCCAAGGGACGCCUAGUCAGCCCACUCCCAAAUUAGAGGAAACUUUUCAGACUAGAUUAGAGUGUAACUUCAAAGAGAAAGGCUACACGAUGGAUGUAGAGGAAUAUUUUGACUAUGGUGCUAACAGGGGUAUGAUACGUCAGAGGACUCGAUUGUUCGAUAUAAGGUUUAUUUACAGUUAUAUGACAAGAGAGAUGUUCCUUGUUGACAACAACAGUGGUAGCUGUACGACGAUCCCAAUGACAGGUGCCCUGGGAAACCUAAUGGGGAAGACGACCCCAGAUGGCAAGUACCGCAUGUUUAGCGCCAACGAGGCUCUAAAGAUGAUUACAAAGGCGGAGGAAUACAAGGGAACUAAGUAUGUGAGAGGGAUGCUGGUGGACUGGUGGUAUGGCUGUUUCUACCAGCCAGAAAACAAAGCCAGUAUGAUUGUCAACUUCUACUUUAAUGCCAAAAACACAUGGGACUUGGUCUACCCUGGCAAACAGUUUCCAGUGCAGAUCCACGUAAAGGGGAAGCUUUGGCGAGAGUCAGAGCAGAAGUAUAUCGAUUUUGAGAACUUCUACAAUUUCUUUCAAUAUCGACCACAGAUUGAAAUUGGCGAAGAAAUAUUUCAGACCGACCGGGGAAUCGUUUGUGCUGGACGUAAAGUUACAAUCCCUCCUCCCGAAAUACCACAAUCGUUCAGCUUUAAGAUGGAGGUAAUCGGAGGAGACGCACUCAGUGUCAACAAUAUCAAGGAAUGGUAUGACUUCAAGCAAAACCUGUUCCGUGUGGACGUCAGUAUGCCAAAUCUCUACAAAAACCCGAUAGAAGUCAUCCAUGAUUACUCCACAGGUGUAAGCUACGUCAUUGACAAGGUGAUGGGCAACUGCUCCUACUCUCCUAUUGGUCAGUUCGCACGUGAUGGUGUCCCUGACCCAAAUGACCCUACGCUUAUCCGUAUUCGCGAUCCAAGGGAGUUCUUCCGCCUUGAUUCAAACUAUACGUACGAGGGACAGAGGGUCGUUCGUGACGUCAAAAGUGACGUAUGGAUCGGAGUGCGUCCGAUGAUGAACUUAUUUAACCUCACGUACGAGUGGUACUUUACACAGAAAGACGUCAAGGUCGUAGCCCAGAAAGGUCUGGCCAUACAAGGAAGAGUUCCAUGGAAAGUAGACGUUACAUUGCCUAAUGGACAAAGGUGGCAGAACAACAUCUACGACUUCGCCGAGGGGCGACAGAGUAUAUUCGACUUCAACAUAAGUCCAUGCUACCUCAAGUUGAAAAGGGCGGACUUCCAGUUUACUAUGGAUGCGUCCUGGGAUGACUGGAUUAACAAAAUUGGAUUGAAGCUGUUUAGAUAUAAUGUUCUGAUCAGCAUCCAGGCCAACUUGGCUAUUUCUCCUAUUAGAAUCAGUAACUUGAGACUUGACAAAGACAUGGAUGGUAAGAUCCAGGUUACGUUCACACUGUUAGAUGCAGCACCGAUCAAAGGCUCUACGAUCACUAUAGCUGAAGUUCCAAUCGAAGACGCUGUCACUGGCCUGACAAAUUAUAUCAAAGAUGGCUCUUUCAAGAUCAUCGUGCUGAACAAUGAUGCAACGACGACCCCCGUUAACGUACUCCCGGAAUCAUUGAAGAAGGUGCUACGUGUUCCAUGCGACAGUGAGCAGACUGUGGCACCCACGGAGGUAAAACAAGCGGCGCCAGCCAUCAGUACAGGUGCAUUUGCUGGUAUCGCUAUAGCUAUGUUGAUAGUUGGUAUCCUACUAGGAGUGGGAGGACUUUAUGGAAUAUGCCUUGUCAGAAGCAAGAAGGCUGGAGACGAUAUGCACGUACAGUUCAAGAAUGAGGAUGCGACACAGGGAUAGUGACGUCAUACGCCAAAGACGAUUUUUAUCAAUUUAUGUUUAUGAACUAUAAAGCUGACAUACUGUAUUCUGAUUGGAAUGUCACAUGGCGCUGCUUUUUUAAUAAAGGAUAAUUAAUUGUGCAAUUGGAUCUGCAACAUGUGGUAUUCCUACACGAUUGGAGUUUGUUUUUUCAAUAAAGUUUAUAUGUUAAG